AUGGUCCUUCACUUUCCUAACCUCGUGGAGCUAACGAAGAUUAAGAACCUGAGAUAUGUGGAAAUUGAUGUAGGUCUCUGCCGUUUGUUGAAGCACCUGAUAAUGACGAUGAUCAUACACAUGUUAUAUGCUCACCUUUUUUCCACAUCAAUUUUU